CAACGCUGGAGCUUCAUCUCCGAUAUUUGGAAUUUACGUGACUCGAUUCGAUUGACGCUUUUUUCCCAGAUGUAAUUUUUGGGAAAUUUUGAAAAUGUGACUUGUUUCUAAUUUUUUUUUUAAUAAAUAAUAACAAGUGAUUAAAUUGUUGAAAAUGUUCCCGAGUAUAAAUCCCCCAGUCGGCAAUGAAUGUGCGGGAGGUCCGAGAACAAUGAACAAUGUUCCUAUCAGAGACAGUCCUAAUCGGUACUCGAGCUUUUUCAACUGUUUUCUACCUUUUACUCGUUUUUGGGGAGUUUUUACAGCUAUUGUACUUUGCGGAGUCGGAGUCGACUUGGCCUUCCACAAACACAAUUCCGGAUACUAUCUCAUAGGCAGUUCGGCUGCUGUGCUUUUCCUGGAAGUAACAUGGGUGGUAACACUGUUCCUGCAGCUCUGCGUCAGAGCGGAAUCGCGGGUUUUUCGCUGUUGGUCUGUGUUUUCGUGGCUCGAAGGAUGGAAGAAAAGUCUGCUCUACGGCCCCCUGGGAGCUGUGCCUCUCAUUUGCCCUCACAAACUCUGGCUCUCAUAUGUAGCGGCAGGGCAGCUCGUUGCGCUAGCCUUCUUUCAUUUUGUAUUAUCCUUCAAGGGACGCAGACGAAGGAAACGGAAAGAUCGUCUCCUCCAUGCUGACAUUGACAGUUUUGAGAGUAGUAAAUUUGAGGAAGUGACCGAAGUCCUGGACGACGGUCUUCCAGAACCGAUUCCGGGAAGCAGUCAUUCCCUAUCGGAUAGUUUAGCUGAACAGGACACGAUCCUUGAAAUAUGACCGGAGCUGCACCAGCCUCCUGACUUGUUUAAACAUAUAGUGGAUUCCGGGCACUGGAGUGAGCGGGAGACCGAAGAUAUCAUUUCGUAAAGCUGCCAAAAAUACCAAUUCUCAAACAAAUUAAACUUCUUUUUGUACUUGUGCCAACUCGCUUUCCAAUUUUAACACAAUUUUUGUAAAUACAACUCUCACACUAGGAAAAUUGUACAUAAUUCACUAAUAUCGCAAUUAUAAAAUGUAUGUACAUAGUAACCAAUAAAC